AUUAAUUGGAUGAGCGAUCCUGCCUUUGUUGCAUUUCUCCAGGGGGGGAAAAAAAGGAAAAGCUCAAUGAGAUGUGUUUUGGAUUUUUACUUUAUUGUGUGAAUUUGAGGUUUACAACAUAAUGUUUAAUAUGAAAUACACAGAGCAAAUUGGUUGCCCCAGUAAAGCCGACUUAACAUAUUUAUCAUCUCACAUAGUUAACUUUUCAGUGAGUUCCUGGCGUGGCUUUUUGUUUUACUGUUGGAUACUGGCAGUUUGAGAGCUCAAUGCAUUAAAAAUACAAUUUUAGGUUUCUUUUCACAACUCUAGAUAUUAAAGUUCUGAACUAGAGUGUAGUUUUUUUCACCAAAAAUUUUUUUGAAUUCUAAAUUGAUAUUUCUAAUAUAUAUGGGAAAUGUUGUUACAUUUUACAUUUCUUUUUAAAACUUUUUAUUUUUUAUUUAUUUUAUUUUAUUUUUUUGCAGUGCUCAGGAUUGUACCCAGAACCUUGCACAUACUAGGCAAAUGCUCUACUACUCAGCUAAAUCCCCAGACUUAUUUUCUUAAUAGAUUAAAUAUUCUGCUAGUUUAUGUGUAUCUUUUUAUAAGGAUGCAGCAAUUAGGGAAUGGACUUUGCUUUUGGAAAGUUUGUAUCUACAGAAGAACACUCCCUAAAAACAUACUAGACUUUUUUUCCUCUUACAUCUUAGCUAGAAGCAUGAUAGCCACAUAUUGGGUUAAGCACUGCUCAUAUUUUAUAAUGCCUUUACAUUUAAGAUUCUUACAUUAUUUUGAAAUGUUUUAAUUUCAGAAACUGCCAGGAAUAUAUGGGAACUUAACCUUUUUAGUACAUUGAUUUGGGAAUAUCAAAUAAUGAAGACAACUUCAGCAUUCUCAGGCCAGUCUACAAAAGAAGAUAUGUUGGUAACCUUUCCAGAGAUGUAACAGAAGCUCUGAUUCUCCAACUCUUCAGCCAGAUUGGACCUUGUAAAAACUGCAAAAUGAUUAUGGAUGUAAGGACAGCUGGAAACGAUCCAUAUUGUUUUGUGGAGUUUCAUGAACAUCGUCAUGCAGCUGCAGCACUUGCUGCUAUGAAUGGGCGGAAGAUAAUGGGUAAGGAAGUCAAAGUGAAUUGGGCAACUACUCCCAGCAGUCAAAAGAAAGAUACAAGCAGUAGUACCGUUGUCAGCACACAGCGUUCACAAGAUCAUUUCCAUGUCUUUGUUGGUGAUCUCAGUCCAGAAAUUACAACUGAAGAUAUAAAAGCAGCUUUUGCACCAUUUGGAAGAAUAUCAGAUGCCCGAGUGGUAAAAGAUAUGGCAACAGGAAAGUCUAAAGGAUAUGGCUUUGUCUCCUUUUUCAACAAAUGGGAUGCCGAAAACGCUAUUCAACAGAUGGGUGGCCAAUGGCUUGGUGGACGACAAAUCAGAACUAACUGGGCAACCCGAAAGCCUCCAGCUCCAAAGAGUACAUAUGAGUCAAACACUAAACAGCUAUCAUAUGAUGAGGUUGUAAAUCAGUCUAGUCCAAGCAACUGUACUGUUUACUGUGGAGGUGUUACUUCUGGACUAACAGAACAACUAAUGCGUCAGACUUUUUCACCAUUUGGGCAAAUAAUGGAAAUUCGAGUCUUUCCAGAUAAAGGAUAUUCAUUUGUGAGGUUUAAUUCCCAUGAAAGUGCCGCACAUGCAAUUGUUUCUGUUAAUGGUACUACUAUUGAAGGUCAUGUUGUGAAAUGCUAUUGGGGCAAAGAAACUCUUGAUAUGAUAAAUCCUGUGCAACAGCAGAAUCAAAUUGGAUAUCCACAAGCUUAUGGCCAGUGGGGCCAGUGGUAUGGAAACGCACAACAGAUUGGCCAGUAUAUGCCUAAUGGAUGGCAAGUACCUGCAUAUGGAAUGUAUGGCCAGGCAUGGAACCAGCAGGGAUUUAAACACAGUCUUCUGCACCUUGGAUGGGACCAAAUUACGGAGUACAGCCACCUCAAGGACAGAAUGGCAGCAUGUUGCCUAAUCAGCCAGCGGGGUAUCGAGUGGCAGGGUAUGAAACCCAGUGAAAAAGGACUCUAGAAUAUAAAGCCAGUGGCUUGAGGCUACAGGGAGUGUAGUAAAGCCGUUGUUUACUUAAAAGAUUUAUCAAAUCAGUCAGUGCAUAUAUCAGAUACAAUGUAUUUAUUUAAAAGAUUCAUUUUUUAAUCAUGAAAUUACUUAUCAUCCACAUUGUUUUUAAAAAGAAACAAGAUGCUGGAUGUCUGCCAAUUUUUGCCUUCAUUACCUUUUUUGAUAAAGUUUCUCAGAUCCUUGUUUCAAAUACAAAUGCAGGGAUUGCUGCCACUUUUUAAAAAUUAAGAGGCAGAAAAUUGCACAGUGUUGAACAUUUUUCCACUAAAGUAGUGUGCAGUUCUAGUUUGCAUUCCUGAUAUGAUUUAAAACAUGUAAUGUAAAGAUGGUUUUAAAAAAAGAAAGAAAGAAAAACCAAAACUGUGCAAAGUCUAGAAGUUCUUUGUUAUCUUCAGCUUGUGCACAAUUCUGUUUUAGAUUAAAAAAAUAAUAGGCAUUGUUUGAGCUGUCCCAUCUUCACUGUUACCCCUUGGGGUUUUUAAAUAUAAAUUAUUAGUUUACAUCAUUUUUGUAUUUACAUUUUUUCACAAAUUUGUCUUGCCUUAUUAAAGUUCUGUAGAAUAUAGUUAAAUGGGAAAAAAUGAUGUUCACUUAGAUUGAAAACUUUUCUCAGAUGGAUUGAUAAUUGCAUUCAUCUUGUGUUUUAUAUGAGAAGGUGCCUCAAGAAUUCCGUUGGAUUUGUUUAAAAGGAUUUUUAUCUUCUGUGAUAAACUUUGCUGUGUACCAGGAACUGUAAAAACAAAAACUUGUUACUCAAGAAAAAUCUCUGAAAUGUGAUAAGUUCUUAUGCCAUGUAACUUUCAUGUGUCAACUUAUACAUUUACAUGUAUUAUUUCAUUAUGUAAAAUGUUUUAGCAGUUUAAUAUUUUGCACAGUUACAAACUUUGUAUGUCAUUUCCUUUUUAAAGGCAUCAUGCAGAGUUGACAUGAGAUUUAUAAGGUUUUAGGUUGUUUGCAUGUGAAUAUCAAAUACAUACUUUGGUAGUCUUUGAAUACAAAAUCAUCUCUUGUUUUUCAAGAACUUUGAGACACAAAGUUGUAUGUAAAGGAAUAUAAUUUGCCAUUUUCUAGUUAGAUUUACUUAAAAAGAGUAAAUCAACUUAAUAUGUACAAAUGAUAGCUGUGAAACUAUAGAAUAUCCUUACGUCAGGCUUGGGGUUCAUUAUAAACUCCAAAAAUAGCCUGAAGGACCAGCCGGGCAAAGCAUUUUUUAAAUGUUCAGAGGCCAAAAGAUAAAUAAAAACAAACAAAAGAAAAAAAAAAAAAGAAAAGAAAACCUUAAAAUCCUACCUCCUUAAACAGCCUUCAAAGAAGAGAAUCCUCAGUGCAAUCACUAUUUUGAUUCUUUGGGUACCUGUUUUAUUGGAGUUACCAAUUUUAUUAUUUUGGUGUGGCUCCAAGCAUUAAGAGGUUUAAUCUUUGAUGGCAUUGUUCUAGUUUUGAAAUUUCUAGUACAUUUCAGAGUCUCUUAGAAGAGUUGUGGGAGAUGUGAUUUUUGUUUUGUUUUCAGUGAAGGUCACAAAUCCUCCUUGACUUACAGAGAGGAAGGGUCCCCAGUGUAUGUGUUUAAAUGGUUGGUGGUUUUUAAGAUUCUCCGAGAGCUCCCAGUAUUUUAUUUAGGAACCAAAAAGGCCUGUGAAGUCAAAUGAGUUUCCUGGCCUGUAUCUUCCAGGUAGGACAAAUGACUCUAAGCUGGUCUCUAAGCCAAUAAUACUUUGUAAACCAGAGCCCAGGAAAGACAGCUUGUAAGUGUAUAGUUUUCUGGAGCUCAAUUCUAUGCAGUUGUACUGAUGUUUCAUUAAAUCACUGUGUAUUUUUAAGUGUUGAUAAUACAUUAAAAGUUGCUUUAUGGAAGAUGAGUAAAUUUUUUAAAUACUUGGAAAUGUUAUUUCCUUGUUAACUUCUACAGAUCAGGGCAUGCAACCAAAAGCAGCUUAAAUACUCAAAAUAAAAUAUCAGGAAGCUAUUUUUAGAUUCUUCUGGCUUAUGUUUCUAUUUUAGGAGCCUCAUUUUUCUCUUAUUAAAAAGUACUUUCCUAUACACUCAUGGACUGCAGGGUAAAUUGUUUGGGCAUAAGUAAUUUAAUCUGAACACAAGUGUAGCUUUCUUCUCAUUUUGACUAUCUCAAGUAGUAACAGUUUUUAUUUGCCAGUAUAUUUUCUUACUGUACAAGCUUUCAACUGUACAUUGACUACUUUUUGAGGAGAAAGAGAUACCCAGUAUUCAGAAUGAAAAGGUCACUACUGAACAAAUUCAUAUUUCAGAAACAUUGCUAACUUUGGUUUAAACCUUAGUGUUAAAACAAGUCAUUUAAAGAUUUUUCAGUCUAAAAAAUCAUACUGGAAUUAGUAUCAGGUAAGGAAAUUAAAAUUUUUAAUAAUUUCAUUCUCUGCAAUAUGAAUUCAGACUUUCUGGUACUGUAAAGAACCUGAAAUGAUUCACUCUUAAUGGGUCAUUUUAAUCCAGAAUUCUUUACCCUGUUUGGAUAUUAAAGUUCCUUUAUGUUUUCUAUAA